UAAUUUACUGUUUUUUUUUUUGUUUAUUGUUUUAUUUCAGUGUGCAGGUCAACAUAUUUGUAUUGAUAUAAUGAGUGUGCUUCCAGAUGAUCUAUUGGUGCAUAUAUUGUCCUUCUUGACUUUGAAGGAGGCAGCCGCCACUAGUAUACUUUCUUCUCGAUGGAGAUAUUUGUGGACCUUCACACCUAAACUAGAAUUUGAUGGUAUAGAAAGCUUAUUGGAGUUGGAGUUGUGUGAAGGAAAACAAAUAAAUAUGUUACUCAAACAGAAAAGAUCGGCAUAUGUCAAAUGGGUCAAUGACAUACUAGCGUCACAUAAGAACUCAAACAUUGAGGUAUUCAAGGUGUUAUUUUCUUUAGAUGAUGUUUACGAAGACGACAUUGGAAAAUGGAUACGAUAUGCUUUAGCUAGGAAGGUUCAAACACUUGAGUUGAACUUAAAAGGAACUUACGGUUGUCAUACACAUGGAGAAUAUUAUUCUUUUCCGAACGAACUUCUGUGCAAUUCGACUGACUUCAAAUUCCUAAAAAGUAUCUCAAUGGAUAGUGUAGAUGUGGAUGGUGAAGCCCUGGAGUUCUUGUUAUGCAAUUGUCCUCUCCUCGAAAACUUGUCGGUUUCUCAGUCAAGAGACCUUUCGAGUCUAUAUAUUUAUGGCUCGUCUCGUUCAUUGAAACGCUUGGAAAUAAUUGACUGUCAAGAACUAGGUUCGAUUGAGAUCCAUGAUUCAAAUCUUGUAUGUUUGAAUUACGAAGGGCCAAGGAUACAUAUUGUUCUCGAGGGUGUUCCUCACCUUGUCGAGAUGUCUCUUGGAGGAGCGUUAACCUACUAUAUCCAAGAUGUCAUUUCGUUGUUCUCUCGCCAGCUUCCGCUCUUGGAGAUAUUGACAAUAGAUGUUAUAGAAGACAAUUUCUCGUGGCAAGUAUCUGAAAUGUUCUGUUCAGCUGUGAAAAUGAGCAAUCUUAAGCAAUUGGUGGUGAAAUUUCGUCUGUGUGAAGACCAGUCUCUCCUACCGCUAACUAAUAUCAUACGUGCAUCACCUUGCUUGCAAAGAUUUGUACUCGAGGUAAUCUAUCAAUCAAUCAAUCAUAGUUUUAUUUCAACAGCGAUAUGUGUUUUUGUAGAGAAGCUGAAAAUUGGAUUUGACUGCCGUAAUCUUGUUUUGUUUAUUGUCCUAAUUUUGUAAUUCUCGUGUUGUGCUUUUUGUUUGUAGGGAAUGUGGUCCGGCACAAUUGAGGCUGUGGAGAGGGAGGUGGAAAAGGUUUCGACAAGUAAAUAUGUUCACUUAAAAGAGAUAGAGCUUUUGGGAUAUUAUGGUCGUACAAGCGAUCUUGAAUUCUUUAUGCAUUUAUUGGAGAAUUGUGUUUCACUCGAGAAAAUUGUUGUUGAUCCGCACGAUACUUUUCGUCCCAGUUUAAAGUUUAAGGAAGCUUAUGAAAAGGAGGAAAAGGAAGUAAGGGCUCGCACCGUUGAGCAACUCCGAAACAAAGUGCCUCCCCUUCUAAAUUUCACCAUCCUGGAGUAAUGGAAUAAAAACAAGUUUUAUUUAUUGUUUGAUUAGUUUAAAUACUGUU